CGGCGCGCACUCCGCGUCCGGACGCGGCAGCACGGGGCGCGGACACUGCGACUGGCCUUCGGACCGUGCCGCCAGCCGACGGCGUCACAUAGUAGCCGUGACAGGCGUCGUCCAACAAGCUGACAGACAUGAUGCGACUGCUGCUUCUGCUGGCUGUGCUGACUGAGCUGGGACAAGGCUCGGUCGCGCAGCGGAUCAGCACCGAGCGCGUGGACCUGUACCAGGGCGACCGGCACCUGGUGCACCUGGACAACACCACCUUCUUCGGCGCGCUGCUGGACAAGCCCCACGCCUGGGCUGUGGAGUUCUACAAGGACUGGUGCGGACACUGUCAGAAAUUUGCGCCGAUCUGGUCGGAGGUGGCGCGCCAGACCAAGGACUGGGGUGCCGUGGUGAAGGUGGCCGCCAUCAACUGCGCGCGGCGCCGCAACAAUGCCAUCUGUCGGCGCUACGGCAUUCACGGCGUGCCGGCGGUGCGGCUGUUCGGACCCGGCGCCAGCCGCGGGGACCCGGGCACCUCCACCAUCCGUCACCACCCCGGCCAGAUGGUGGACGCCAUCGUCGAGUUUGUCACGACCGUGCACGGCCGUCGGCGGCCGGCCGGGUGGCCCGACCUGUCGCCCUUCACCGGCUCGCUCCAGCAGCUGCUGCGGGGGCCUGAGCCAGUGCAGGCGCUGGUGCUGGAGUCGGAGCCGCGCCAGGUGUUCGGCAGAGCGCUACGGCAGCUGGUCGGCGCGGGAGGUCAGCAGGGCGCCGUCCCCACCGCCGCGCCGGCCACGCCGCCGCCGCCGCAGGUGACGCCGGCGCCCACGCGCGCGCCCACCGGCUCCGUCUUCAUGGUGGACAUGGAGAACGCUAUCGUCGGCGCGCUCAAACAGGAGGUCACCAGCCACCAGAACAUCACCGGCGAGAGGAUGACGGCACUGCGCGGCUUCCUGCGCAUGUUGGUCAACUACUUCCCAGGCCGACAGCAGAUGCUGCAGUCGCUCAGCCAGCUGCUGCAGUUCGUCGAUAAUCGCGAGAAAGUGACCGGCGGGGAGCUGGAGCGCUUCAUGCGCUCGAAGACGCCGUCGUGGGCGGGCCUGCCGGAGCUGCAGCCGUACCAGGCGUGCCGCGGCUCGAAGCCGAGCUACCGGGGCUACAGCUGCGGCCUCUGGACGCUGUUCCACACCGUCACCGUGCAGGCUCGGCGGACGGAGAAGCGCCUGGGCCGGGCGGUCACCGUUCUGCCGGCUAUCCACGGCUACGUCAAAAACUUCUUCAGCUGCAGCCACUGCUCGCAGCAUUUCCAGCGGAUGGCAGCCCAGGACGGCUUGUUCGACGUCACCAACGCGUACGACGCUGUGUUCUGGCUGUGGCGGGCUCACAACAAGGUCAACAAACGGCUCGCAAACGACAUUACUGAGGACCCACUACACCCCAAGAUCCAGUUCCCCGACCAGAACCUGUGCCCAUCCUGCAUCGUAAACGGUCGCCACGACCCACAGGCCGUGCUUCAGUUUUUGGACGCCUUUUACGGCGCCGAAGCAAUCCGACCCGAUGGAUUGGCCUCGUGGCCCGUACCUGCCGUGGGCCAGUCCAUCCCGCAGCAGUCGCCGGCCCCUCGGCCUGUCGCCGCGCCGGGUGGGUCCACUGUUGGCGUACCGGGGGCGGCCGUUCAGCCGGCCGGAACGGCGCAGCAACCGCAGAGGGUGCGCGUGGUCUGGCCGUUCCCGUACCCGCGGUCAGGCACCGGGCAGACCAGGACCUCCCCGAAGGUGGUGUACGGACGGCCGAUGCUGGUGCGGGUGGUGCCCGGCUCGCUCCCUCCGUCGUUCGGCACGAGAUCCCACGCACCACACAUCGUCCAACCCGGCGCGGCUCACGCACCACAUAGGGCCUUCCCACGCGUUGUGCACGCGGGGCACAACGUGUCGGGAGCCCCGCUCAGUGCGGGGCAGUCGUCUCACGAAGGGCUCGGGAUCACGCGACCGCUUCUAGUGCCCACCGGGAACCGAUCGGGCUUUCCUAUGGGGACGCAGAGCUCGGCGGACCACGUCAGGGUCUACUGGGUCCCGACCAAGCAGUAGCGACCGAUCGACUACGUCAGGGUCUACUGGCUCUCGACCAAGCAUCAGUGAGCAGACCGGCGAACGUGUCGAGUAUAUCGCAUAUUGUCUCAAUUUGAUGCGCAGGUCCGGGCUGGGGCAGGUCCAGGUCUGGGUUAGGGCAGGUCCGGGCUGGGGCAGGUCCAGGUCUGGGUGGGGGCAGGUUGAUGGGGGCUAGGUGGUGUGAUGGGCAUCUUGAUCCUGAUACAAGUAAACAACACGAAAUUACUAAAUGUUGUCUGGCUUUUGGUGAAGCUUAUUCCAAUGUUUACAUCUCUUCAAGUAAACCAAAUCUCUUCUUCGCUCACUUUAACGCGAGUAAUCAUGUAGCAAACGACAGCACUGCAACGCACCUCGGUUCUGGAAGGGGAGGUGAGGAACACUAAUCACGUUGAUUUCGGCACAUGUUGCGAUGCAUUUUUAUCGGUGAAUACCUUAGAACUCCGGUGGCAUCAGUGAACGGUUUUAUUGUUUUUUUUCGUGACACUGUCAUAUAUGUGUCACAGCACAAAAGCGUAUGGCUAUAAUUUGCAUAAAUGGGUUAUCCCCGAAGUGUCUAGAAGAGUCAUGAACCUCAAGAUGCAACUUGAUGAUGAUGAUGUUUCUGCUAUAAUGUAUCAUAAUAAUCAGGCGCAGAAAUCUGUGAACGCAUUUGAUUCAUCUUUUAUCGUUCAUACAUAUCGCAUGGUCUUUUAAAAUGAGACUGCGGGCGCAUGGAAGAUUGCCGGCGCAGCGUUUCUCAAACAUCAUAUGUAAAGUGUAUCAAGAGAUUCUUCGGAAAUAAUACACUGAAGUUAAGUGUAUGGCAAUGAGGAAGCCCUCAAAACCUCGCUAUUCUGUGCUUCCAUAUCCGGUGAGUUGCAUGCUUUCGUUCGUCAGAUUAAGAACGUUGGUAAAAUAUACAACAUUCUAACAGCA